AUGCCAAUUAACACCAACGCUGUCUUUAACCGCCUGCAGGACCAAAGCAUCCGCGACCAGUCCUUUCUUCAGGCAUCGUUCAUCGAGUACGGUGACGCCGCGACCUCCGUGUCCGAGAGGGACGAGAUUCCCAACAACCCCAUCAUGGACCGUUUUGUUGCUGACUUGAGCUCUGAGGGCAUCCGCUCGUUGACCAAUUUCACCAUCUCCGACCUCGAAACGGUGUGGUCGUUCGUGGACGACGCCAUGAACUCUGCUUGGCUGGAGGGACGAGGUCGCCGCUCGACGACCAGUCCGAAGGACUGCUUCUUCAUGGCCAUGACAGUCCUCAAGCACUACAGUUCAUGGGACAAGCAUGCAGCCGACUUUGGCUUCAAGGCCCCAGUUCGAAAAGCUUGUAAUGCGUGUGCUUGCGGACAUCGUUUCUCCAACUACCCAUACGCGUCGUAUGCGGUCGAUAUGAAGUUCCAACCCUCACUUCGUCCAAUGGGCCGUUUUGCCGAGCAGAAGCGCUAUUUCACUGGCAAGCACGGGCUCUAUGGAUGCAAGAUCGAAGCUGCAGUCUCACCUGAUGGUCGUUGUGUCGCCAUGUCCUGCUCGCAUCCUGGGUCGGUCCGCGACUUCACGAUUCUUCACUCGCGACAAGCAAUCCACAAGGCCAAGCUCGAGAAGACUCCGGACGAGUUGUUGCGUCCUGACCACGGGGAAUUGUCCACUCAGUACCCUGAGAGUUGGGCCUGCUUGGUGGACAUGGCAUAUAUUGGCAUCGGGCACGUCCUGCGUGGAAUCCACCCAAAGCGGCGUCCAGCGAAUGGCAUGUUGGAUGCUGACGACUUGGAGCGGAACGAGCGGAUCUCGUCGGAUCGCGUGGUGGUCGAGAAUUUCUUUGGACGUGUGUGUGCGUUGUGGAAGAUUUCGUACGCUACGUUCUCAUGGUCGGAGAAGAACUACGAUGUCAUCCAACGAACGGCUUUUUCAUUGACGAACUUCCAUUUGUCUCUUAUGCCCCUCCGCAGCGACGACGAGACGUUCUACGCGUAUGUCAUGGCACGCUACGAAAGAAUGGCGACUGAGAAGAAACGCAAACGUGCGGAGUCUCAACGGCGAUAUCGAUUGAAUCGCCAAGAACAACUUGCAUUGGACCACAAUAAUGCAGGGCGUCUUCGUUUUAGCUAA